GACGUACGAGGGAGGAGUUGCUCGCGAUCUUGAAGCAGUUUCUUUGGCCAUAGUCCUCCGUCGUCGCUGUCAUGGCUUUCCUCUGCAGAAGUGCUGCUUUGCUGCUGAAGCCCUCCAGAGCAGCGCCGGCCGUCCUGUCUGCGGCUCGCCUCUACAGCUCAGGUGGUCAGUAUGAGUAUAUUUUGGUGGAGAAGCGAGGUGAGAAGAGCAAUGUGGGUUUCAUCCAGCUGAACCGGCCCAAGGCUCUCAACGCUUUGUGUGAUGGGCUGAUGAGGGAGGUGGGAAAGGCCCUGGAUGCCUUUGAAGCCGACAGCGACAUCGGAGCCAUCGUCCUCACUGGCAGUGAGAGAGCCUUUGCUGCGGGAGCUGACAUUAAAGAAAUGCAGAAUCGAACCUUCCAGGAGUGUUAUGGAGGAAACUUCCUGGCUCACUGGAACAGAGUGUCCACAGUGAAAAAGCCUGUGAUUGCAGCUGUUAAUGGAUUUGCUCUGGGUGGAGGCUGUGAGCUGGCGAUGAUGUGUGACAUCAUCUUUGCCGGAGAGAAGGCGCAGUUCGGCCAACCAGAGAUCCUGUUGGGGACCAUUCCUGGGGCGGGUGGCACCCAGCGGCUGACCCGUGUCGUGGGCAAAUCCCUGGCUAUGGAGAUGGUACUUACAGGAGACAAAAUUAAUGCUCAAGAAGCCAAGCAGUCAGGUCUGGUGAGUAAAAUUUAUCCUGUGGACCAGUUGGUGUCUGAAGCUAUUAAAUGUGGGGAGAAAAUUGCUUCAAACUCCAAACUGGUCUCUGCCAUGGCUAAAGAAGCUGUUAAUGCAGCUUAUGAACUGACUUUGGCUGAGGGUAAUCGUUUGGAAAAGCGCUUAUUCCACGCUACCUUUGCUACGGACGAUCGUAAAGAAGGCAUGACAGCAUUUGUGGAGAAAAGAAAGGCCAGUUUCCAGGACAAGUAGAAAACAGCAGAUCAAGAACUCAGCCAAGAUCACAAAGUCCCUGACAUCAGGAGGUCAUUUCCUUAUUGAAUGAUGCCAAAAUCCUGAUGAUAGUGGAACAUAUGAGAUGUUUAAAUUAGGAUUUGGCACUGAGUGAGUGAGUGCACAAGAGUGUCUUAUCACAGUGAAGCCCUGCCUGUUGAGGCUCAGCAUCAAAAAUGCAAGUGCAGGAGUGCCGGGGCUUUGCAUGUGAAUACCAUUUAAUAACUGUUAUAAUCAGUGUGUAAACUGAGGAAUCAGUCCUGAUGACUUGUACUGACUUUGCCUUUUGUUUUCCACUGUCAGAUGUUUGUCUGCAUUUUGUAGGCAACUUGUUUUUCUGUACAUUUAACAAAUAAAGCUCUAGAUUGAU